UGACGGCGCAACAUUUGAACUUAUUACAGCGAUAAAUCUUUAAGUGAAGAUAAAAUUCAAAAACCAUGUGUGUAACUAUCCUACUAUAGUGUUCAAAUAUAUUUUAUAUACUUUUUUUCUAUACACAAAACCUGUUUCAGUGUGUCAGUGCCGCUCCAGUCCUCAAAAUGGGCGACAUAAACCUGGAUAAGCCACCCUAUGACCAGGGCACGUACAUGGGACGCGCGAAGCACUUCCUGCGCCUAACCAAUCCCAUCAACGCCUUCGCCAGUAACGCGGAACUGGAAGAAGCCAAGCGGAUUGUUACCGAGUUCAGGAAAUCGCGCAAAAUGCCAGCCGGCUACAACGCGGACAAGCUGUGGGCCACCAAGUACCUGUACGACAGUGCGUUCCACCCCGACACUGGAGAGAAGAUGAUCGUACUGGGACGCAUGUCCGCGCAGGCGCCUAUGAACACAAUUAUCACUGGCUGUAUGAUAACAUUCUACAAGACGACUGCGGCAAUAGUGUUCUGGCAGUGGGUGAACCAGACGUUCAACGCUGUUGUCAACUACACAAACCGGUCCGGUGACGCGCCUAUGCCAACCUCACAACUCAUAGCGUCGUACUGUGCGGCGUGCGGCGGUGCACUCUCCACGGCACUAUUCCUCAACAGCAAAGUGAAGAAUAUGAACCCGAUCUACGCGCGCCUGGUGCCCUUCGCGGCCGUGUGUGGUGCCAACUUCAUCAACAUCCCCAUGAUGAGGAGCGGGGAGCUCAUAAACGGCACGCCGGUUUUCACGGCUGAUAAUACUCGGGUGGGGGAGUCCAAGGCCGCCGCGCGAUAUGGCAUCGGCCUCGUGUGUAUCUCGCGGGUACUGAUGGCUUUACCAGGAAUGACGGUGACGCCGAUUAUCACCAACAUAGCCAUCAACAAGGGCGUGUUCUGCCGGCGGCCUUCGAUGGUGGUCCCAUUCCAGCUGUUCCUGGUGGGGCUGUGCGUCACCUUCGCAACGCCAAUGUGCUGCGCCAUCUUCGAGCAGCGCGCCUCCAUCUCCGUGGACAGACUGGACGAGGAGCUCAAGACAAAAGUCAAGAAGAACUAUCCCAAAACAAAAGAAGUAUACUUUAACAAGGGUCUGUAACGGGUUACAUUAACUAGUAAAAUUAUGCAAUAAAGAAUUGCACGCUCGUUGAUGCAGUCGUAGUAGCGAAACACUUACGCCAAAGUAAAAUUAACCUCAUGUUGAUACUUGUAGAGUCCAAAAUCCCGUUCCGCUAUUUUUUACUUUACAAACAUUCCGCUAGAGCGCUGGCUUUGGAAGUGCCAACGUAUUCGAAAUAUAAAACCUUUAAAGUUUACAGACUCGAUAGUAGAAAACGAAUUCGUUUGCGAGCGUACACUCAAACUAUAACUAUAUAGUAAGGUAAAACGACAGCUUGAAUCGAACAAAACCUCUCGAGACUUCAACUAUUGUAGAAGUCUUCAGUAUGUAUAGCCUGAGAUUUUCUACCUCGUAAUUACUUUACUGGGAAACGGUAUUCUCAAUAGAUUGCGCUCUUUGGAUUUCAUACAAAUCGUAAUUAACUUUCACGCGAUCGAAUCAGUAAACGUAAGUAGAAAAUCUCACUAGGCACAAAGGUGUGUGUUUUCGAGUUAACCCAGCCAAAGUUACGUAAAGGGCAAUGAAGAUUUUUUUAUCAGCCGCCAUUUUGAUUUUAUUUCAUAAU